AUGGCCGCCAAAGGCCCCGAGCUGACCAGCGAUAUCAACUUCAUCGAAACCCCUGCAGCUAAGCCUGCUCAGAUGGAAACCGGUGAAGAUUGUGGAAUUAAAUUGACCAACUCUGCCGCAAUCCACAAUGCUCCUCUUCCUGCCGAUGGCCCUGGUAACGAAGGCUUCUCCAACAUCCUGUUAGGAGCUGCUAUCAUUGCUCCCCCCGGCUUCAUCAUGUGGCUCUUCGGUGCUGGUUGGAAAACCUUCACCUUCUUCCUCCUCGUUACCGUCCUCCCCGUUCUCGUCGCAUUCUGGACCUACCACUCCACCUUCAGCGCCCGUACCAACGAAAAAGUCAAGCUCCCCGGCCGUCCCAUCGAGUAUUACCUGACCUUCAAGCGUGAGGAGGACAAGGCCAAGUACAAUGGCCGCAACAAGGUUCCCCUCCAGGCUCUCGCUGAGAUGUACCUGGACGGCAACGUGGAUUUCAACGGCGACAUCCUCGAGGUCCUGGAAUACCGUCACGACUGGGCCAACUUCUCCUUCACCCUGGACCUGUUCAAGUUCAUCGUGUUCACCUUCUUCGUUGAUGUUAUCUUCCACACCAAGGCUCAGGAUGAGGAACAGAUUCGUCCCAACUACGACCGCGGUAACGACCACUACGCUUGGUUCCUUGGUCCCCGUAUGAUCUACACCUCCGGCGUUAUCUCCGACACCGAGAAGGAGGAAACCCUCGAGGAAAUGCAGGAUAACAAGAUGGCUGUUGUUUGUGAGAAGAUCGAGCUGAAGAAGGGCGAGACUAUGCUGGACAUCGGUUGUGGCUGGGGUACUCUUGCUCGCUUCGCUAGUUUGAACUACGGCGCUAGCGUCACUGGACUUACUAUUGCCGAGAACCAGACUGCUUGGGGUAACGAUGCUCUUCGUGAAGCUGGUAUCUCCGACCAGCAAAGUCGCAUUCUCUGCAUGGACUACCGUGAUAUUCCCCGCACCAAGUAUGACAAGAUCACUCAGCUUGAGAUGGGUGAGCACGUUGGUAUUCGCAAGCUCACUACUUUCUUCCGUCAAUGCUAUGAUAUGCUGAACGACGAUGGUUCCAUGUAUGUCCAGCUCUCUGGUCUGCGUCAGGCUUGGCAAUACGAGGACUUCAUCUGGGGAUUGUACCUGAACAAGUACAUCUUCCGUGGUGCCGAUGCUUCUACUCCUCUCUGGUACUAUGUUAAGUGUUUGGAACAAGCUGGAUUUGAAAUCAAGGGAAUCGAUACCGUCGGUGUUCACUACUCCGGUACCCUCUGGAGAUGGUACCGUAACUGGGUCGGAAACUUCGAGGCCAUCAACGCCAAGUACGGCAAGAGAUGGUACAGAAUCUGGGAACUCUUCCUCGCUUGGUCUGUUAUCGCCUCUCGCGAAGGUAUGGCCACCUGCUACCAGAUGGUGGUUGUUAAGAACCUGAACUCCACCCACCGUGUCAACGGUAUUGCCUCUCAAUUCGGUCUCGCUGGUGCUCUCGCCGCCAGCAAGGCCGCCGGCAAGAACCGUCUGCCCCAAUAA